AUGAAGAACAAGACACAUGUCACUCCACAACCCAACACAAAUUUCAAGGUGUCAACAUCUGAGUCACUCAGUGAGAAGAUGAAUCUUCUAGAUGUGAGCAUCUCCGUGAAGGCUAGCGUCCUCUCUGGGAUGGUAGAAGUGUCCGCAUCUACAAAGUACCUGAACCAGAACACCACCUCAACUCGUCAGUGCAGAACCACCCUGAAAUACCACGUGACCACCGAGUUUAAAGAACUCAUGAUAUCUGAACUGGAAGCUCCAAACCCUGAUGCAAUAGACGUGCAAGAUGCCACCCAUGUGGUUGUAGAGGUGCUGUACGGAGCCGAUGCACUGAUGGAAUUCCAAGAAACAGCUCGUGAUGAUGCACAGAAGCAAGAUGUCAAAGUAGAAAUGAGUGUGAUGCUCAACAAGAUCCCGUUCAUUGAUGUCAGUGCGGAAGGAAGCGUGAGCAUGACCGAUGAAGACAAGGAGAAGAAUCUCCCCAAUACAUUUGAGGAGGCCGUGAAGGCCUACAAAGAGCUGCCCAGUCUACUCGGGGAGAAGGGAGAGAAGGCUGUACCUCUGACGGUCUGGUUGUAUCCUCUCAGCAAACUUGGCAGUUUCCCGGACAAGCUGAAGAGAAUGAUCUCAGAGCAGCUUGUAUCUGAGGCAGAGAAGAUGAUUGAGGAUUUCCACCAGGCCGAGAUUAGGACCAAUGACCUGCUGGAGAAGAGCGAGGACAUCAAAGCCAAAGACAUCGUCAGCAAGCUCGAGCAGUUCCAAAGUGGUUUGAGGAUCUUCACCACUGAGAUGCUAGGGAAAAUGGCCGACCUAAUCCCGGCUAUAAGAGAAGGGAGUACGGGGGAAGCCGUUUUCAGGGACCUCCUGAAGACCCGAAACGAGUCUGCAUUCAGUGGGAGAGACAUGGGGAAGUGGCUGGAUGACAAAGAGACCGAGAUCAACACUCUAACGCUGCAUCUCAAAAAGCUCCAGUACGAGCUUAAACCUCCAGGCCGUGAGCUUGACAUGUUUCUGGCAGAUCCAGACGUCAAAGAUGCAUUCGUCUUCAGCUUCACCUCACUGAGCUAUGAGGAACCAUACCUGAAAAGAAUCUCACAAGAGGCAGACGGCUUCAAAGAUGGUGCCCUUAGCAGUACCCCUAAACAGUACCUAGAAAACCCUGUUCCCUGGUACCUGAACCCACACGUGAAGGAGGCUAUACAUAACUCGGUCAAUGUUUUCAACUAUGCACCCACUAAGCACCAAGUCAUUAGUUACAUUUCAGACCCAGAUUACCCAGGAGCAUCUGUUCGCUGGUAUCGCAACGCUGUCCUCAUGAAACCACACGUUGUGAACAUCCAGAAAAUAUAUUCCUGUGACCUCACAUUUGACCAAAGCACAGCCAACCGGCAUAUCAUGCUCUCCGAUGACAACAAGACGGUGAAGUUUGUGAACAUGGACCAUUACGAGCCAUAUCCUCCCAACCCAGGGAGAUACACACGCCAACGACCCGGACGGUCGCACGCUGCCGCCACGGCUGUCGCCCACCGCCGCCACGACUGUCGCCCACCGCCGCCACAGCUGUCGCCUGCCGCCGAUGCCCGCACCAUGCCCUCUGUUCAGCUUGCUUUUCCCUACCUCACGACUGGUUCUAGUCGUUCUCCUGGGUUUGGCUGA